GCGCGAUUUUUUUUUGUUCAUUUCUUCUUCCUUGUUCAUUUCUCUUAUCUGCGUAUUAUGCCACCUACUCCUGACGAAGCACCCUUUGUAGCUCCAGCACGUCGAUUCUCACUCGCUCACAUCCCACAGCCCGUGUAUCUGGGUCUGGAUGUCGAAGUCUCGGAAGACCUUAGUUCAUCCAUCUAUUCCAUUUGUGUCCAUGACGGUGCUUACACUACCGAUUACUACAGCGGUCACCUCGCCGACCACAAGGAAGGUCUGGAUAAGAAGGAAUGUGUACGCGAAGCAUUGGAAGAAUUGAAGAAAGUGGUCAAACUGUUUGCCACCUCGCAGCAUUACAAAGUCCAGUUAAUUGCCUGCUCUUAUCUUAUUGCAAAGCAAUACAUCCGAGAUGAAGACAAACCCGAGCACUCAGCCAUGAGUGAUUUCUGGAGAGAAUUUGAUGCCAUUCCUUUCCGAGUGCAAACCCACGGCGAUACGUCAGAUGAACGCGCUAGUGCCGCCGUUCGCAAGGCCGUGAUGUGGAUAAGUCCUCAAUAUCCAGGAAACCUUCCCAGAAUCUCGGUUGGCUAUCGUCAUGAGGUGGAAGUCGAUUUUAAUAAUAUUAUCCAUUUGGUGGACUUGGUGGAUUAUAAGGAAUCAGUGAAAGCCGAGACAUGGAGAGUCUGGAGCGAAAUCUCCCAGGUUUUCAAGAACAGGAAUCUUCGUGUUUCCUUUUUCAAUUCUACACCUCAAGGUGGUGGUGUGGCUUUGAUGCGACAUGCUUUACUGCGUUUUUUGAACCUUAACGGAAUCAAAGUGCACUGGUAUGUGGCGCGUCCCAAGCCUGAGGUGUUUGAUAUCACCAAACGCAAAUUCCAUAAUGUAUUGCAAGGUGUGGCGGCUCCCAAUGUGCGCCUGACGGCCGAAGAUAAGCAGACCUUCAUUGACUGGUCCAACGACAACGUGAACAGAUUCUGGGGCGACGAGAAAGGUCCCUUGAGAAACUCGGAUGUCAUCGUUAUUGACGAUCCUCAAGUGUGCGGUAUUAUCCCUCAUAUUAAGCGAUGCAGCCCUAAUACACGUAUUAUUUUCCGUUCGCAUAUCGAGAUUCGAGCGGAUUUGAUUCGUGAUUAUCCCGACGGCCCACAGGCUGAAACAUGGAAUUUCUUGUGGCAAUUCAUCAAAUAUGCCGAUCUAUUUGUGGCUCAUCCGAUUCAAAACUUUGUUCCGGACGUGGUGCCUCGUCGCAAUGUCGUUUUAUUACCUGCCGCCACGGAUCCUUUGGAUGGGCUGAACAAGGAAUUGACAGGAUGGUGUGUGACUUACUACCGUUCCGUGUUUAACCGUAUCUGUGUGGACCAAGGUGCCAAUGAAGUCGAUUGGAAACGUCCCUACAUCACUCAAGUGGCGCGAUUUGAUCCUUCCAAGGGUAUUCCGGAUGUGCUUGAAGCUUAUCGCUUACUGCGCGAACGCAUGGACAAGGAAGGAGUCGAAGAAUACCGCAUUCCUCAACUGAUCAUUUGUGGCCACGGUAGCAUCGACGAUCCCGAUGGUACCAUCAUCUAUGAACAAACUCACGAAGUCAUUAAUUCGCCUCCUUUUGCUUCCAUUGCUACCGAUAUUAUCGCUGCUCGUCUUCCCGCUUGCGAUCAGUUGCUCAACAUGGUGUUACGCGGAGCUCACAUUGCACUUCAGUUGUCCCACAGAGAAGGUUUCGAAGUCAAGGUCACUGAAGCCUUCCAAAAGGGUGUGCCGGUGAUUGCUUACCGAGCUGGUGGUAUUCCUCUGCAGAUUCGCGAAGAUGUGACGGGAUUCCUGGUGACCAUUGGCGACGUGAAAGGCGUGGCCAAUAAGCUGUAUGAAUUGAUGCAGGAUCGCGAGUUGCACGAACGUAUGAGCUCAGCUGCGCUCGAGCUUUUAACCGAAGAAUAUUUCACGGUUUGGAACGCGACUUCAUGGCUCUUCAUGUGCAAUGAAUUGACCAAUUCGCGUGUAUGCAGCGAAGGUCUCUUGGAUGUUGAAAAUACUUAUGAAAGAAACUCCAGAAUUGGCGACAGCAAGAAAGUGUGCGAUUUCUGGAUCCAGAAAUACAACUACAAUCCUUAGAAUAAUUUUUGUUUAGUGAACAAAUGUCUGUAAAAAAGAAACCAAUCACAAAGCCCCAAUUCAAGAAACCAAAACAUGUACGAAUAUAAACAGAUUUUAGUAAAAUCAAAAACUGGUUUGAUAUAAAUAAAAAACG